AUCGCAUGGCAAGCUUUGGUUUGUUUGUAGGCUGAGAGAAAUUGAUUCGCAUUGAACGCGGGUGGUGAAGAUUUCUUAUUCCUCAAGACGACAUCUGUUUCUUCUUCUAUCUCAAAUUUUUUCUAUUAGGAGAAGCCAACCCAAUCCAAAGAAGCAGCCUUUUUUUCUUUUGUCGGUAGAGUUCCACUGACAUGGAAAGUUUGGAAGAUGGUGCGGCGAAUGUGGAGCCUCCUGAUCCUGACAUCAUUGAGAGUGAUCCAACUUGUCGAUAUGUGCGGUACAAAGAAGUGAUUGGUAAGGGGGCAUUCAAGACAGUUUACAAGGCAUUUGAUGAAGUCAAUGGACUUGAAGUGGCAUGGGGCCAAGUUCGGAUUGACGAUGUGUUGCAGUCACCUGAAGACUUAGAGAGGCUCUACUCUGAAGUGCAUCUCUUGAAAUCUUUGAACCAUAGCAAUAUUAUAAGGUUUUAUAAUUCAUGGAUUGAUGAUAGGAACAAGACUGUUAAUAUCAUUACUGAGUUGUUCACCUCGGGUAACCUUAGGCAGUAUCGGAAGAAACACAGGAAGGUUGACAUGAAGGUAGUGAAAGGUUGGGCAAGACAGAUUUUGUCUGGCUUGAACUACCUUCACAGUCACAAUCCACCAAUUAUGCAUAGGGAUCUAAAGUGUGACAACAUAUUUAUCAAUGGUCACCAAGGAGAAGUUAAAAUUGGAGAUCUUGGGUUGGCCACCUUCAUGGAGCAUGCUAAUGCCAAAAGUGUUAUAGGAACUCCCGAGUUUAUGGCUCCUGAGUUGUAUGAAGAGAAUUACAAUGAACUGGCUGAUAUAUAUUCCUUCGGGAUGUGCAUGUUGGAGAUGGUGACAUUUGAAUACCCAUACAGUGAAUGCAGGAACUCUGCUCAGAUAUACAAGAAGGUUUCAUCUGGAAUAAAGCCCGCUAGCCUGUCCAAGGUAAGAGAUCCAGAAGUGAAGCUGUUUAUUGAGAAGUGUCUAGUUCCUGCAUCCCAAAGACAGUCAGCAAAGGAGCUUCUGAUGGAUGCUUUUCUUCAAGUGAAUGGAUCAGGAAAAAACCAUGCUGCACUACUUCCUGAUAUUGUUUUGCCCAAAAUGGCAGCCUUUGGAGAACGGUGUCUGUUGUCAGAAGGACCAGUUAAUGCACGGAAUAGACUCUCCUUGGAUUUUGAACGUGAAACUGAGCUGCCAACUAUAACCUCUUUCAAUCAUUAUGUUGAUGGGGAUUCUUAUUCUCGGAGCUACGAGGUUCAAAGGACAAAAAGAGGAAACUUUUUCUCCUUAAAAGGCGAGCUAAAUGAUAAGUACUCUGUGUCAUUAAUCCUUCGAAUUGCAGAUCGCAGUGGCCGUCUCAGGAAUAUACAUUUUCUUUUCUACCUAGAUGGUGAUACCGCAUUUACAGUUUCGAGUGAAAUGGUGGAACAGCUCGAACUGGCAGAUCAGAAUGUUACAUUCAUCGCAGAGUUGAUUGAUUUAUUGUUGCUGAAUCUGAUACCCAGUUGGAAAACUUGUGUCCCUAUUGAUCAUUUGAUUCCUAUGAAUAAAUUACCAAAGUCUAGCAACCAUAAGAGCAAUGCUCUGUCACCAGAAAGUAUAGACAAUUCUGUGGAGUUGAGCCCUAGUCCUUGUGAGUCUGUCAAUCAUUCAAAGUCUUCAAGUGUCCUGGAUGCUAGUUCUACCGGAGAAUCGAUUCAAACGACAGGCCAAGGACCUGAUUUUGUGAAGCUUGAUGAGAGAAAAUCUCGCUCCAAUUACAGUUUCCAGGUUUCAACGGUAACGGAUGAAUGGUCUUCUGAGAAGUCAUAUGCAUCGGCAGCCUCCAGUGAUUUGAUUGAUAAAAAGUACUCCAUCAAUUCAGAUAUUUUGUCAGAAGAGUCUGGACUUGUAGACUUCGAUGGACAUUGGUUGAUGGACGGAUUUAACGAAUCUCUUGCUAGAGUGAGAUUGGCCAAGUCCCUUGAUGACAAGAAUCAGAUUUUGGACAUAGACAGCAACACUGUGGUGGAUAGUUUAAGUGAUACGACCAAAGAGUCUUAUUUGUUCAAUCUGGAAGAAGAUGAGGAGUUACGGAGGAGGCUGAGGAUGAUCGAACAGCAGUACCAGGAAGGAGUUCAAGAACUCUCCCAGAAAAGACAUGAACUUAUCCUGCAGACAAGAAAGUCAUGGAACAAAAAAGUAGAGUCAGUUUGUUAAUGCUUUUCUAUAGGAGUUUGUUAAUUUGUUUGCUUUUUUUUUUUUAAUUACUGUAAAGAAAAAUCAGAAUCUUUACAUCAUAAAAUUCUCACCGCAAGUGUAAAAGUUAUUUUCUAGGUGGGAAAAAUGUAAUAAGCAAACUUAUCUUUUUUUUCAAAAUAGAAAUCUUGACAACUUUAUUUAA